AUGUUGUUCGCACACUUUAACCAGGACUUUUCGUAUCUCUUCAACACUAUGAGACUGGAUAUCUGUCAGUGGGGAUGUGGAAGGGCUAUUGCAUCACGAAUGAGGCUUGUUGUCGCUGACAUUUCGCUGCUAGAUGAUGAGGCGCGAGAGCUAGUCGGAAUGUUGUUCUGCACAUCGCUUAAAGCCCUUGUGGGUGCAGCCGAUCAACAACAAUCCAGCCUGCGGAAGCUGCAGAUUGUCAAUACAAAAGAGUUGUUCAACCGCUGUGUUUGA